CCGCGCCCGCCCGCGCCCCCGGCCGAGCGAUGCUGCUGCUGGCGGCCGCCUUCCUCGUGGCGUUCGUGCUGCUGCUCUACAUGGUGUCUCCGCUCAUCAGCCCCAAGCCGCUGGCGCUGCCCGGGGCGCAUGUGGUGGUCACGGGUGGCUCGAGUGGGAUUGGAAAGUGCAUCGCGAUCGAGUGCUACAAGCAAGGCGCCUUCAUCACGCUGGUGGCGCGGAAUGAGGACAAGCUGCUCCAAGCAAAGAAAGAGAUUGAAAAGCACUCUAUUAAUAAUAAACAGGUGGUGCUUUGUAUCUCAGUUGAUGUAUCGCAAGACUAUAACCAAGUGGAGAAUGUCAUAAAGCAAGCACAGGAGAAACUGGGCCCAGUGGACAUGCUUGUAAAUUGUGCCGGGAUCGCCCUGGCAGGAAAAUUUGAAGACCUUGAAGUUGGUACUUUUGAAAGGCUGAUCAGCGUCAACUAUCUAGGCAGCGUGUACCCGAGCCGCGCCGUCAUCGCCACCAUGAAGGAGCGCCGCGUGGGCAGGAUCGUCUUCGUGGCCUCGCAGGCUGGGCAGCUGGGCCUGUUCGGCUACACGGCCUACUCGCCCUCCAAGUUUGCACUCCGCGGAUUGGCAGAGGCCUUGCAGAUGGAGGUGAAGCCCUACAAUGUCUACAUCACAGUUGCCUAUCCGCCCGACACAGACACGCCCGGCUUUGUGGAAGAGAACAAAACCAAGCCCCUGGAGACUCGUCUCAUCUCAGAGACCACAUCUGUGUGCAAACCGGAGCAGGUGGCCAAACAGAUCGUGAAAGACGCCAUCCAAGGAAAUUUCACCAGUUCCAUCGGCUCCGACGGCUACAUGCUGUCGGCCCUCACCUGCGGGAUGGCUCCCGUCACGUCCAUCACCGAAGGGCUCCAGCAGGUGGUCACGAUGGGCCUGUUCCGAACCAUCGCCCUGUUCUACCUGGGAAGCUUCGACAGCAUCGUCCGGCGGUGCAUGGUGCAGAGAACGAAGUCACAGAUCACGGACAAAACGGCCUAACCCUCACCCUUUGCGCAACCGAGACUUUCUCGAGAAUUUGAACAGUUUGCUGCUGAGCGGGGAACGUGUUUGGCCUCCAGACCCCAAUGCGUUAUUUGGAACGUGUGAGGGCGGAGCUGGGCUCUGCGGAAGCCUGGCCGUCGGAGGGGCUGGAGUCGCGGCUCCAGGCCACAUUAAUACUAUGCAAGUUUGCCCGGAGAACCUUCCAGGCUCCGGCGGAGGCGAGGUGGAAAGGACGGGGCGCGGGGACUCCUGGGCAGGGAGCGGCCUUCAGAGGGAUCCUUUCAUUUGUUUUUGUUUUUUUUUCUCUGUGCUCUUGGGUUUUGUUUGUUUGUUUGUUUGUUUGUUUCUCCCUUAGAGAUCCAGGCCAGAAAUGUAUUCUAUGACUCAGCAGAGAUUUGUGAGGUCUUUUUAAGAGUUUUUUCACCACUCUUCCCCUCCCUCCUCCCCCUCCACCCAUGAAAGGUAGUUGUGGGGUUUCUGGACCCUUCUUUCUUUUGAAUUUAGUGUGUUUCCUCCCAGAGGAGUGUUCCACAGUGCCCCCUGUGCCCUUGGCUGCCGGGCCCCAUCCAGGCUU